AGUGCCACUCUCUUCUUGGUCCAAGAAUGGCUUUUGGGUUUUCUCUCUCCCGUACAGUCUCAUCUUCUUUCCAUUGGGAAGCCUUGUCAUCACCAUUAUCAUCUCCUAAUCUUCUCAUAGGAACCCCACUCAACACCUCACCACCUUCUCUUUCUGGGAAACAUUUUCAUUUUGGAAAGCGUUUUGUUGUUUUUUCGAAGAGGAUAUCAGGCUUGGAGGAGGCAAUGAGAAUAAGAAGGGAACGUGAGCUUCGUACUUCGACAACCUCCAAAAAAGGGCCACCCUUAAGGCGUGGAAAGGUAUCACCACGUCUUCCCGUGCCUGAUCAUAUACCAAAGCCUCCUUAUGUAGGUUCACCUUUGUUGCCAGAAAUUUCAAGUGAGUAUCAAAUUCCUGAUUUUGAAGGCCUUGCUCACAUGAGGGCUGCGUGUGAGCUAGCUGCUCGAGUAUUAGACUAUGCAGGAACACUGGUUAGGCCAUCAGUGACAACAAAUGAAAUUGAUAAAGCAGUUCACCAAAUGAUUAUCGAUGCUGGUGCUUAUCCUUCGCCUCUUGGGUAUGGACUCUUUCCAAAGAGUGUAUGCACAUCAGUCAAUGAGUGCAUGUGCCAUGGAAUACCUGAUUCUCGCCAGCUACAGGAUGGCGACAUAAUAAACAUUGAUGUGACAGUCUACUUAAAUGGUUAUCAUGGAGACACGUCAAAGACUUUUCUUUGUGGCAAUGUUAAUGAUGCGCUGAAACGACUUGUCAAGGUGACCGAAGAGUGCUUGAAUAAAGGCAUUGCUGUUUGCAAAGAUGGUGCUCUAUUUAGGAAAAUUGGGAAGAGGAUUAGUGAGCAUGCUGAAAAGUAUGGAUAUGGUGUGGUGGAUCGUUUUGUUGGGCAUGGCGUGGGGACUGUAUUUCAUUCCGAACCACUAAUAUUUCAUCACCGCAAUGACAGGCCUGGUUCCAUGGUUGAAGGUCAAACAUUCACAAUUGAACCAAUUCUUACACUGGGAAGCACCGACAGUGUAACAUGGGAGGAUUACUGGACGACUCUGACAGCUGAUGGCUUGCCCGCUGCACAGUUUGAGCAUACUAUUUUGAUUACAAGAACUGGUGCAGAAAUUUUGACAAAAUGUUAAACCAGUCAUUUCAUAUGUUUCUGAUGUAUAGAUAUAUGAUUAAAGGACAGCAUCAGCUACAUUUCUAUUGAUUCAUGUAGAUAUUAUUCUUCACUUAGCAAAAGAAUAAUUUUUUUUUUUGUGUGUGUGUAGUGGAAUUGGUCUUUGGUUAGCAAAAUGAAUUAUAUGAAAACAGAAAUUGUUUGUUGAUAUCAUUCAAGGCUGGUGAAGUGUCAUUAAAAAAGUGAAAGUUACCAAAAACUUGGUGGCAUUUCCUGUUGGAUUCAAUUCAGCUGACAGAAUGCAGCUGUUAUUACAGAGCCUACAUCAGUCUCUUAUGUGAAAUUUAGCUAUG